CCGGCAGCUGGGAGACUCUUCUUUCAAUGCCGGCGACACAAUGUGAUAAGUAUGCAGUGUGUGGCGCAAAUUCUAUCUGUAGUGUCUUUAACACUGCAUUUCCAACUUGCGCAUGCCUGAACGGAUUUGUACCAAAUUAUCCUGAAAAAUGGAAGGAAUCACAUUGGUCUGAUGGUUGUGUUAGGAUCACUCCAUUGAGCUGCAGCAAAGAUGGAUUUAAGAAGCUCACAAACAUGGUGCUACCUGACACAUCUUCUUCCUGGUACAAUAAGACCAUGACCUUGCAAGAAUGUGAGGAUUUGUGUCUGAAAAAUUGUUCUUGCACAGCAUAUGCUAAUUUGGAUAUCCGCGGCCGAGGAAGUGGGUGCUUAAUUUGGUUUCACGAUCUCAUUGACAUGAAAGAAGGGGUAAAUGAACUUUAUAUCCGAACAACUAUUUCAGAUCUAGAAGAUAAUCAGAACAAUGAUUCCAGCAAGAAGAAGCUAGCAGGAAUCCUCGAUGGAUCCGCAUUGUUUGUCAUGUGCUUAGUACUUGGACUGGCAAUCUAUGUAUGGAGAAACAAACCUAAGAAGCCAGAAAUAUUCUGCUGGAAGCAACAUGCUUGCAAAAUAGAAAAUGAGGAUGUUGAUCUUCCAAGCUUUGAGUUAUCAACCAUAGCUUCUGCCACUAAUCACUUCUCUAGUGGCAACAAAUUAGGUGAAGGUGGAUUUGGACCUGUGUACAAGGGUGUACUCGCAAAUGGGGUAGAGAUUGCUGUCAAGAGGCUUUCCAAGAAUUCUCAGCAAGGACUGCAGGAGUUCAAAACUGAAGUUCAGUUAAUUGCUAAACUUCAGCAUCGCAAUCUUGUAAAACUUCUUGGUUGUUGCAUUCAACAAAAAGAGAAGCUCUUGAUUUAUGAGUUCAUGCCCAAUAGGAGUUUGGACUACUUCAUUUUUGAUGAUUCUAGAAGAAAAUUAUUGGAUUGGGGCAAGCGAUUUCAAAUUAUUGGCGGGACAGCUCGAGGCCUAGUCUAUCUACAUCAAGACUCUAGGCUAAGAGUCAUUCAUAGAGACUUGAAAACGAGCAAUAUCCUUCUUGAUAAGGGUAUAGAUCCUAAAAUAUCAGACUUUGGCCUUGCUAGGACAUUUGGAGGAGAUCAAACUGUGGCGAAUACAAAGCGAGUCAUGGGAACUCAUGGUUAUAUCUCUCCGGAGUAUGCAGUGCGUGGUUCUUUCUCAAUGAAAUCCGAUGUGUUCAGCUUUGGUGUAAUCGUACUUGAGGUAGUGAGUGCGAAGAGGAACAGGGAAUUCUCAAUUCCACACCAAGAUCUGAACCUUCUUGGAUAUGCAUGGAAAUUGUGGACUGAAGGAAGGUCUCUGGAGCUGGUAGAUGAAUCACUUGGUGAUUCAGUUGAUGAAGCUCAAGUGUUGAGAUGCAUUCACAUAGGGCUUUUGUGUGUGCAAGAGAGACCAGAAGACAGGCCUAGCAUGUCAUCAGUAAUCCAUAUGCUCAAUGAUGAUAAGCUGCUUGCUCGGCCAAAGCAGCCAGCAUUUUAUCCUCACCAAGAAAGUAGUUCUUCAACCAUAAACAAUGAAAUCUGUUCAAAAAAUGAUGUUUCCAUCACAUUGUUAGAGGCAAGAUAG